GUUAAAUUGUAAAGGAGCUGUUCUGAGCAACUGUGAGGUCUAUGCUCUCCUGCAGGAUUGUGUAGGCAAGAAAAAGGCAGAAAAAGUAUGAUGAAGACACAAGCAGACCUUGCCAAUAUUGCAUUUGAAACCAUGAAGUACCUUGAAAAGACAGCUUGCAGAAAUCAAAAUGCUGAAGUAAUACAAGGUUUCCUACAAGCUGUGAAAGAAUUCAAACUCACCAAAGCAGAAAAACUACAGUUAAUCAACUUACGUCCAACAACACCAGUGGAAAUGCAGCUCAUAAUUGAAGACAGCGAAGAAAGACUAAGUGAGGAACAAGUCGAAGAGUUAAUUGGGCUGGUAGAGCUCCACCUGCCAGAUAUUGAUAACCCUCAAACAUUAGUAAACGGUACACCAGGGAAAUAGUUGUUGCUGUCUCUGUUUUCUUUUCUUUUAUUAUUGUUAUUAUUAUUGGAUGGAUAUAUAGCCCAUAUAAGGAGCAUAAGAUGUUAUCACAUUUAAUUUAUUUAGUGAACUAGCUGUUACCAAAAUAUAUUAUUGAUUGUACUUGAUGUUCUUGCCGCUCAGAAUAUUUAUGGGAAGGAAUUUUUUUGAAAGUGAGGGUGAUUAGAAUACAGAAGAGAAAUUCUGUUUCAUAAUCUGUUAAAGUUGUAGACAUCUCUCUCUCCUUUUUUUUUUUUUUUUUUUUUUUCUUUCUUUCUUUCUUUCUUUCUAUCUAUCUUUCUUUCUUUCUUUCUUUCUUUCUUUCUUUCUUCUUUUCUCUUUAAUACCACUGCUCUUCCAAGCAAAUAGCAUCUACAACUUAUGAUUGUUACAGUCUUGGACGCAACAUAGACUACUACUUUUUUUUUUUUUUGUCAUGGAAUUUAAUAUUUUAUACAUUGACCAGUAUGCAACAACUAACAAGAUGUUGCAUAUGCAGGGCCUUUGGCAUGAGGCACAAACUGAAUACUCACUACCAUUAAAGAUGAGUGAUAUAUACAUAA